CGCAUGCGUGGAGGAUAUGCGCUUUGCAGCAAAGUCCUCCUUUACUCCACACACGCUUCUAAGCCUCGGCACAUCUCCUCACAUCGCUACUAACUACACUUUAUUCAUCCUCCGUGUCAGGAUAAACUCCACUCGUCUCACUCAACUUUGGAGAUUAUUAGGCAAGCUAAUUUGGAGAUUAUUAGGCCAGCUUAGCUUGCUAGUUGUUUUAGCGCGCUAGUUAGCUCAGCAUGCUAGUUAGCUUAGCUUGUUAGCUGCUAACAAAGAGACGCGGAUUCGAUCAACACAUCGCUUAGUUAAGAUCAAGUGUGAGUGUAAAGUGUUGUGAUUGUGUGAAAAUGUGCGAAAGAACGAUAGCAGAGUACAAAGAGGAACUUUCUCGGACAAAAGAAGAAAACAAGAGACUACGUCAACUACUGGAGGCUGUUUUCAAGAAACCUCAAGUUGUGUUACACAGAACAGACGUCUGUGAAAAAUAUCGUCCACCUGAGCAGCAGGAGGGGUCCUCCAGUAUGGAGCAGAAGAGGUCACAGAACCUCCACGUGAAAGAAGAGGAGCCACAGCCCCCCCACUUUAAAGAUGAAGAGGAAGAGUCACAGACUCCUCACAUUGAGAAUAUACAGUCCCUUCACGUAAAAGAGGAACCGGAGGAUCCGCAGCCCUCCUACGUCAAAGAGGAAGAAAAACAGCUGCUGUCCCCCCACUUCAUAGAGGAAGACAAGAGACACCUCAUCAGUGUGAAGAGUGAAGAUGAUGAGGUCAAAGGUGAGAGUGAGGAGAAGAGAGAGGCGGAGCCUCCAAGCAGCAGCUCAACUCAACACAUGACAACAGAAGCUGAUGGAGACCACUGUGGAGGAUCACAAGCAGACAAGCUCUUAGCUCCACUAUCAGAUAGUGAGGACACAACGUCACACUCUCCUGACACUGAUGAUGAACACUCUAAAGAUGAUAAGACAUGUCACACUGACAACACACACUUCACAUGUUCUCUCUGUGACAAAACUUUUAAAUCUCCUAGUAAAUUGAAAAUACACAUGAGAACACACACUGGAGAAAAACCUUUUUCCUGCUCAGAAUGUGGUAAAAGUUUUACAGUAAGUCAAACUUUAAAAGUACACAUGAGAACACACACUGGAGAAAAACCUUUUUCCUGCUCAGAAUGUGGUAAAAGUUUUGUAAGAAAUGGAAAUUUGAAAUCACACAUGAGAACACACACUGGAGAAAAACCUUUUUCCUGCUCAGAAUGUGGUAAAAGUUUUGCAGUAAAUCAAAGUUUAAAAGAACACAUGAGAAUACACACUGGUGAAAAACCUUUUUCGUGUUCAGUCUGCGGUAAAAAUUUUACUCACAGUUCCAAUUUCAAAGCACACAUGAGAAAACACACAGGAGAAAAACAUUUUUCCUGCUCAGAAUGUGGUAAAAGUUUUGCAGUAAAUCAAAGUUUAAAAGAACACAUGAGAAUACACACUGGUGAAAAACCUUUUUCGUGUUCAGUCUGCGGUAAAAAUUUUACUCACAGUUCCAAUUUCAAAGCACACAUGAGAAAACACACUGGAGAAAAACAUUUUUCCUGCUCAGAAUGUGGUAAAAGUUUUACAGUAAGUAAAAGUUUAAAAGUACACAUGAGAACACACACUGGAGAAAAACCUUUUACCUGCUCAGAAUGUGGUAAAAGUUUUGCAGUAAAUCAAAGUUUAAAAGAACACAUGACAACACACACUGGAGAAAAACCUUUUUCGUGUUCAAUCUGCGGUAAAGAUUUUACUCACAGGCCCAAUUUCAAAGCACACAUGAGAAUACACACAGGAGAAAAACCUUUUUCCUGCUCAGAAUGUGGUAAAAGUUUUGCAGUAAAUCAAAGUUUAAAAGAACACAUGAGAAUACACACUGGUGAAAAACCUUUUUCGUGUUCAGUCUGCGGUAAAGAUUUUACUCACAGUUCCAAUUUCAAAGCACACAUGAGAAAACACACAGGAGAAAAACCUUUUUCCUGCUCAGAAUGUGGUAAAAGUUUUGCAGUAAAUCAAAGUUUAAAAGAACACAUGAGAAUACACACUGGUGAAAAACCUUUUUCGUGUUCAGUCUGCGGUAAAGAUUUUACUCACAGUUCCAGUUUCAACGCACACAUGAGAAUACACACUGGAGAAAAACCUUUUUCCUGCUCAGAAUGUGGUAAAAGUUUUGUAAAAAAUGUAAGUUUAAAAGCACACAUGAGAACACACACUGGUGAAAAACCAUACUCCUGUUCAAGCUGCAACAAAAGCUUCCGUUACCUAAACACUCUUACAGCACACAUGAGAACACACACAGGAGAGAAAGUGUUGAGUUGCAGUGUGUGUGGUGAAAGAUUCUCUUCUAAGUACCAGUGUAAGAGACACAAGUGUGCUGGUGAGAACAGCAGCAGUAAAUGAAGAUGCAGGAUUUAAAAUCAACUUUCUAACAACAUCAGCACAUAUAACAUGUGUGACAUCAUUGUUGUGUGUGUAACACAAUCUUGUUAAUAUGAUUCUAACAUUUAUAGAUUAGACACUUCAGAUUAGUGCUUUUAUUUCAGUCAAGUACAUGAGUUAAUAUACACAUUUGUGUACUUUAAAAUGAACAGAACAAUUUGACUGAAAAGGUGAGAAUAAACAGUACAUAAAAUAUGUUACAUACAAUAAACAUUUUAAGUGUAGAUAUUCAUAGUUCACUUUUAUACUUAUUCAUAAUAGUGUUUUAUUUAUGUUUUUUGAAAUAAUGAAGGGUUACAUAUUUUAUUUUCUAAUUGUAGAUGAUUCCAUAGAUUAACACCUUUAUAUGAUGUACAUAUUUGUUUUACAUGUGUUCAUACCUUUGCUUUUUAGUACACAUAAAUCCCUCUUAGUUCAUAUUUACUGGUUCACAUCUGAAACAUCUUCUGGACCACUUCUGGAAGCAUAUUAUUAUUUACUUCAUACAUCAUUUGAACAGUUGUGUUUUACACAAGAUCAUUUACUUUUAAAAUGUGUGACUUUAUGAAUCAUUUGUUGGGUCUCUAUAAUCCAUUCUAUUAAUUAUCUUUAUUACUCUCUUGUGUAAUAUGAAUAUUGUUUUGUGAUUGUUUUAUAUGUAUGUCCCCAGACCUUUAUGCAAUAAACAAUGUAUGCUUCAACUAAAGUUGGGUACAAUAAAUGUA